AUGUUGGCAUAUCUGCGCUAUGAAUCAUCACAAUCAGAGAUUAGUACCGAUUCUUCUGAGAAAACUGUCAAAGAGGAGCUUAAUCAGGUUACUACCAAAUUAACGAUGCAUUUCACUGAUUCUCCAAAAUUAGAACAUUUUAAUAUGGAUAAAGAAGGUGAACGUCAGAUAGAUGCCUACUAG